AUGGCGACCAUUACCCUUCAAGGCACCCCAUUCGAGACCGUCGGCGAUCUUCCCGCAGUGGGCACCCAGGCCCCCGCGUUCAACCUCGCCAAGCAAGAUCUCAAGCCCGCCACGCUCGAUGACUUCAAAGGACACAAGCUCGUCCUCAACAUCGUGCCCAGCGUGGACACUGGCGUCUGCGCCACGAGCGCGCGCAAGUUCAAUGAAGAAGCUGCAUCGCUCGAGAACACCAAGAUCCUCACCAUCAGCAAGGAUCUCCCCUUCGCCAUGGGCCGCUUCUGCGCCGCAGAGGGCAUCGAAGAUGUCGUCAUGCUGUCUGGCUUCCGCGACAGUGAGUUCGGACACGCCUACGGCGUCGGCGCAGAGCAGGGGCCUUUCCAGGGCCUCUACACCCGCGCCGUCGUCGUGCUCGACGCAGACCACAAGGUCGUCUACACCGAGCAUGUCCCCGAGAUCGCGCAGGAGCCAGACUAUGAGUCGGCGCUCAACGCGCUCCAGGGAGCAUGA